AGGAGGAGGAGCGGGUGGACGAGUGAUGACAGAAAGUGCGUGAGUGCGCCAGGGAGGAGAGCAGGUCGAUGCGUACAUGUGGAAGAGGAGUGGACCAAGAGAUAGGUGGGGACGCAGAAGCAGGGGAGCAAAUCUGUUGGGCUGCAUCUUUCAAACACGAAGCCAGACGUGCAGCAGACACCAUGGCCAACGUCUCCACCACCAUACACCCGAGUGGUCUGCCAUCGCACCUCCAGGCAGUCCCGUUGCCCCACGUCUCGCUGCAGGUCCAGGAAGUCUACCCCUUUCAUGACGGCUGGAAUGUAGCCUGCUUCGUCAUCCUGCUCCUCUUCAUCCUCACGGUCCUGUCCCUGGCUGCCUUGGCCGUUCUCUACGAGCUGCUGGACUGCGGCUGCUGUGCCAAAGGGAAGACGCAGCACCAGCUGCAGGAGGAAGGGCCAGGAAGCUGCAGCAAGCUCAUGACCAACAUUUGCAAGGAGCCAGAGUCCCACACAGAGGUGGUGUAAGGGCAGCAAGGAUGAGAGAAAAACUAACGGAUUGGAGUUUUUACUUAUUACGACAUUUAUUUACGUCCCAGCAGUGACUUUGUUGCAUUAAAAGAGACGAUCUAAAAGUGGUUUGGCUGUUCAGGAACAAAAGGAAGUCAAAGUAUUGUGAAAUAUAACAAAGGAGGAAACACAUGGAAACAAACACUAACAUUCGGUUUCUGUCAAGAGGAAAAGGUCAUUGUAAAAAAUGUAUUUUAUACCACAAGAAACCCUGCAAGAAAUAGAAAGCGCCUUAGUAGAACAAGUAGAAAGAGAAUGGUCUGUAGAUAAACGCUGGUGUUCGGUCUUUAACAAAGCAGGCGGUGGUAAAACAUGUUACGCUCAGUGUACCGUGUGGUUUUCUUCAUAUAGA